GCGAGAAGGACAAGCCAGUCUGUACAUUGCUAAGCAGAAUCCUGCAGCCGCAAUGCCGAAAACAGUUGGAGUGAUAGGUGGGGGAGUAGCGGGUCUGGCGGCCAUUAAAUCUUCCCUUGAUGAAGGUCUGCUGCCGAUCUGUUUUGAGAAGUCGGACGACAUUGGAGGGCUGUGGAAUUACUCCCCUACUCCCCAAGAUGGCUGCCCCAGUGUCUACAGUUCGUGUGUUAUCAACACCAGUAAGGAGAUGACAUGCUUCAGUGAUUUCCCCAUACCCAAAGAGUUUCCCAACUUCAUGCACAGAUCAUAUUUUCAAAAAUAUCUUGAGCUUUAUGCCAGCCAUUUCAAACUCCGAGAGUACAUCCGCUUCCAUAGGUUAGUUGAGAAGGUUGAAAAGGGAGAUAACUUUGAAGAAACCGGAAGUUGGGUGAUCAUCAAUCGUGAUUUGCAGACGGGAAAGAUCGAAAGAGAGGCUGUGGAUUUCGUUAUGGUAUGUCACGGGCACCUGACAGAACCCAAUAUUCCACAUCUCGAGGGUUUGAAACAGUUCAGCGGUCGGGUUCUGCAUACUCACGACUUCAAAGACUUCCACGGAUUUGAAAAUAAGCGAGUUCUGGUUGUUGGGAUUGGUAAUUCCGGAAGUGACGUGGCUUGUGUAUUGAGUAGGCACGCAGAACAUGUGUACAUCAGUACCCGUCGUGGAUGCUACACAAUACAGAGGGCGGGGGAGUUUGGCCAACCGUUCGACCAGGUCGCCAUCCAGCGCUGGGUCCAGGGCAUCCCCGUCAGUCUGAUGCGCCCCAUACACUACCACAAAAUCAACUACCGCUACCGACACAGGGAUUAUGGACUUUCUCCCAACUUUCGCUUUGACGCAGGCGUUUCAACCAUCAGUGAUGAUCUGCCAAACAGAAUUCUCAUUGGAGCUAUUAGCAUAAAAUCCGACAUCAAAACAUUCACCAAAACUGGAGCCAUAUUUGAGGAUGGGUCAGAGGUGAAGGACAUUGACGUGGUCAUUCUGGCUACAGGAUACAACUACAGCUUCCCAUUUCUCGACAGUUCCAUUGUGAAGAUGGAGGGACAUUUUUCAUACUUGUACAAACUUAUCUUCCCACCAAAUAUUCACCAAAACUCUUUUGCAGUUGUGGGCUUAGUCCAACCCUUUGGAUCUCUUCCCCCAAUUCUUGAAAUUCAAGCACGACUCGCUUCGAGAGUAUUCGCAGGUCGAGUAGAGUUACCUCCCCCUUCAGUAAUGCUUUCCGAGCUGGAAAAACGGAAGGCAUUCCUGAAAACAAGGUACGUGGACUCUGCAAGGUACACGCUUCAAGUGUAUUUCAUUCAGUACCAAGACGAAAUAGGUUCUCACAUCGGUUGCAAACCUAAUCUUGGACGGAUGUUCUUCACUGACCCGAAGCUGUGGUACAAGAUGGUGUUCGGGCCCGCGGUUCCCCCCCAGUGGAGACUGGAAGGUCCGGGGAAGUGGUCCGGAGCUCGGAACGCCAUCUUUUCUGUGCGAGAGAAGACGCUGUAUCCCAUGCAAACCAGAAAGUCAGGGCAGAAUGAAAGGGAUGGACUGUAUGAUGGAUGGACAAGUCUGCUGAAGAAGCUGUGCCUGUGUGCACUUGUCGUCAUGCUGCUGAACUGGCUGUUUCGUAAUGGGCUGGUGACUCUACUGGAAAGGUUAUAAAAGGUUCGUUGUAUCCGUUUGUUCGCUAUAUCCGGGUUCGUUAUAUCCGUGUUCUACUGAAGAUUGCUCUGCUGUGCUCGCCAGCCUUGUUCAACUCAUCUGAGUAACCAGAAUCUGUGUGCAUAAUUUAUAGGCUAUUUUCGAAGCAGAAUCAUGACGUUAAGCAACCAUGUUAAUAUUGGUUAUAGAUAGUACUGAAUUUACAAGUUUGUUUGUUUGUUUGUUGUUUAACGCCGCACUCAGCAAUAUUCCAGCUAUAUGUCGGCGGUCUGUAAAAUAAUCGAGUCUGGACCAGUAGAAGUAGUAGUAGCAGCUGCAGUAGCAGCAGGAGCAGU